AUGGAACAUGUUUACAUGGAUAAUUUUUAUGCUCUCAACUUGGGUGACAUUGUCACUGUCCUGCAAACGCAUUUGGUUGGAGGUCGAUUAGGCAUAGAAUAUACUUAUGAUGAAGAAUUUACUAUCACGUCAUUAGAUACAUCCAAGAUGUACAUUACAUCACAGAUUAGAGGGGUCUUAUACGACUUUAUGACCACCAUUCGAGAAGCAGCAAGUGCACUUGUUCAUCUCAAGAUAGAAAGCAAAACAUGCGGUAUUCAUGACUAUGUCCUUGAAAACGAAAGAGACAAGGAGCUAGUGCAAGGUCUGAAGACAUUGAGACUUACUCGCGUGGAUUAUUAUCCAUCCGCCUUGUUCCAAAUAUCAUCUCGAGUUGUGUAUUUGAGAAACUUGUUGUUCAACGACCGUUAUAUCUGUAACCAAGAUGGCUCUGAUGUGAUUGUGACCAACAAUAUCUCGAUUGACAUGCCUUGUACUUUCUUUGAUAACCUAAGCUUCACAAAAGCUUAUUUUGGGAAUUAUGGAGAUUAUUUCUACAUACGAUUGCAUUCAAUGAAGGGCGAAACACACUAUAAAUGCAGUAAUUUAUAUAUCAUUGAAAGUGACAAAGCUACGUUUAAUAUAUGGGAAGCAGAUGCCAAUAACUUGACAUUUCAUAUUCGAUACAAGAGUUUUAAGCGAAUACACGUUGUCACCAAUGGAUUUAAUCAACGAUACACAAUACCAUAG